UCUAGUAAUUUCAACAAAACGUCUGGUAAAAAAUCUAGUAGUUUGCAGUUCCAACGAGUAAAAAUAGAAAUCCUAGUUGAUUAUUUGCAUUGCAUGUUUACAAUUUGCAAACUACAAAGGGAGGCACGUGGCGUGGUCUCUGGUCUCCUCCGAUUUCCGAACGACCGAACACGUGAUAAGCAAGUGCGUCCGUGUCCUUGGAGUGGAAAUCGCUUGCGCAGUUGCGCUUCAUUUACAUUAGUUACGUAAUUACGUUACAUUGCAUCGCAGACCUGCCACCUGCGACGAUAGUGGUUUCCUCGUCGCUUCCGGUCCAGUUCUAAUUUAUGGUACACAAAUAUUGAAUUAAAAAUGCCGAAACCACAAUACGAACAAAAGUUUAGACAUGCUUGGCUCAAGGAUCCCAUUCUAAAAGAUUGGUUAGUGGCAGUUGAGAGUACAGCAGGAACUACAGGAAAAUGCAGAGUUUGCAACAUCGUUGUAACCAGCCGAUAUGCCGAUCUCAAGAAUCAUGGUGCUUCUAUGAGACACAAAAAGAAUGCAAAACUUAUAUUGGGACCACACCCUCAACCUCAAUUGAAGUUUCCAGGGGAAUCGGAAAUGUUUGCAGCAAAACAGGCGGAACUAAAACUAAGCUUGUUUGUAGCUCAGCACACAUCAGUGCGUGUGGUUGAUCAUCUCGUCAACACAUGCAAAAAGACGUUCGAAGGACAAUCUUCCACACAUAUUAAAAUGCAUCGUACCAAGUGCUCAGGUAUUAUACAAAAUAUAAUAGCGCCACAUUUCUUCAAUGAUUUAAAAAAUGAUAUUGGUGAUUCCAAAUUUAGUCUUUUGCUGGACGAAUCCACCGACAUAACGGUGAGGAAAUAUUUAGGAAUGAUAAUACUUUACUUUAGUGAGCGAGAAAAUAAGCUUGUAACGACUUAUCUUGAUCUUGCCGUUCUCGAUAACUGUGAUGCUGAUGGCCUUUUACACACCAUCAAAACAACAUUAAAUAAAUAUUCCCUCAACCUGCAGAACUUAAUUGGCAUUGGUACAGAUAAUACGAGUGUUAUGACAGGUGCCAACAACGGUUUGUAUGUGAAGUUAAAAGAAGAGGUGCCUGAAUUACUUCUAAUUCGAUGUGUAUGUCACUCGUUGCAAUUAGCAGUCACGCAUGCCUCAAAGGAAACGUUGCCAAGAAACAUUGAAUUUAUCAUUCAGGAAACUUAUAAGUGGUUUUCAAAAUCGUCCUCCAGGCAAUGCGCCUAUAAUGACAUAUACAGCACUAUGAAUGAAGGGCAUAAUCCUUUGAAAAUAGUGCGAGCUUGUCAAACACGAUGGUUAUCCAUUGAAUCGGCUGUAUCUCGAAUUAUAAACCAGUGGGAUGCAUUAAAACUACAUUUUCAGCUGUCUUGA